ACCGCCCCCCAACCUCCAUACUCGCCCGGAGAACAAACACAGAACAGAAACACACAGAAAGCACAAACGCACACUCCACCGCACAAAACAAGCCUAAAAAAAACCCCGAGGAAAUCGACAGGGAGAAAAGGGGGCGAAAAAAAGGAGAGCAAAGAGGAAAAGCUUCGGAGCUCUGGAUCGGCGAUGGAGUCGGUAGCGAAGGCGCCGAAGAAGGCCGGCGCGGCCGGGCGCCGGGGCGGCGGCGGGCCGAAGAAGAAGGCCGUCUCACGCUCCGUCAAGGCCGGCCUCCAGUUCCCCGUGGGCCGCAUCGGGCGCUACCUCAAGCAGGGCCGCUACGCCAAGCGCGUCGGCAGCGGCGCCCCCGUCUACCUCGCCGCCGUCCUCGAGUACCUCGCCGCCGAGCUCCUGGAGCUGGCGGGGAACGCGGCGCGGGACAACAAGAAGAACCGGAUCAUCCCGCGGCACGUGCUGCUCGCGAUCCGCAACGACCAGGAGCUCGGGAAGCUGCUGGCCGGCGUCACCAUCGCCUACGGAGGUGUCCUGCCCAACAUCAACCCCGUGCUGCUUCCCAAGAAGCCCGCCGCGGCGGCUGCCAAGGAGCCCAAGGCGGGCACCACCAAGUCUCCCAGGAAGUCCCCCGCCAAGAAGGCGGCCGCCGCUUAGGCCCGGCACUCGCUAUGCCGGUGCCCCAUCUCACCCUCUCCUCCCUCUUCUCUGUUUCUCUGUCUGUCUGGGUUGAACCGUAACGCACCAAGUUGUCGUCGUCGUCGUUGCUGCAUGCCGUCGUUGCCAUGGAUCGAUUGCUGCUUGUUUGUACUUAUUUUGCGUGGCUUCCGCAUAGGUGCCAAUCAGCUUAUACUCUGUAACCUGAUUAACACCGCUGUAUGUUCGUAUAAGUUCGUAGGUCAAGGGAGAGAGGGAGGGGAAGGGAAACUGUGAAUGCCUCUUUGUAAUAAAAUUGUGAAGAUGUGAAAAAUAUCAAGGACUGAUUGUCGUC